UAAAGUAACCAAUGACAAGCAGCCGCCUAUAAAUAGAAUCCCAACUGCGGUCGAUCAAACCACCCCCUGUUUUCUCUCCAUUUUCUCAGAUCUACUACAAUCACCUGCGGAAAGCAUCAUAGAGGAAUUUUAUUUUAAGGAAAUAAAAUUUCCUUCCCAUUUCACAAACUUCACGCCAUUCUUCCCUUUUCUAAGAUCUAAAAAAAUAAAAUCAUGGCUGGGGCCGUAGAGAUCAAAACUGCUUCACCGAAAGUUACCAGGAGGAACUUCGAUCCCACUGCUGUAGUACCGGAACCGUUGCCUCCGGUUGUUACGGCCGCAAACGGUGAAGAUGCAGGCGUGGAUAAGCUGGAUAAGAAGAGCAGAGAGAUUGUGUUGGGGAAGAACGUACACACCACGUGCUUCGCUGUCACGGAACCGGAAGCGAACGAUGAGUUUACCGGUGACAAGGAGGCUUACAUGGCUGGUGUCUUGGCUCGAUAUCGCAAAAGCCUCAUGGAGCGGACCAAACAUCAUUUAGGUUACCCGUAUAAUCUGGACUUUGAUUAUGGUGCACUAGCCCAGUUACAGCAUUUCUCAAUCAACAAUCUUGGAGAUCCGUUUAUCGAGAGCAACUACGGAGUUCAUUCAAGGCAGUUUGAAGUUGGUGUGCUAGAUUGGUUUGCCCGUUUGUGGGAAAUAGAGAAGAAUGAUUACUGGGGUUACAUUACAAACUGUGGCACAGAAGGCAAUCUUCACGGCAUUUUAGUUGGGAGGGAAGUGUUUCCGGAUGGAAUUUUGUAUGCAUCACGGGAAUCACAUUACUCUGUCUUCAAAGCAGCACGAAUGUAUCGAAUGGAGUGUGUGAAGGUGGAUACUCUAAUCUCGGGUGAGAUUGAUUGUGCUGAUUUCAGAGCUAAGUUGCUUGCUAACAAGAGCAAGCCAGCUAUAAUCAACGUUAACAUAGGAACAACUGUCAAAGGUGCUGUAGAUGACCUGGAUCUUGUGAUACAAACCCUUGAAGGAUGUGGUUUUUCACGUGAUAGGUUCUACAUUCAUUGUGAUGGAGCUUUGUUUGGACUCAUGAUGCCUUUUGUCAAACGGGCACCGAAGGUUAGUUUUAAGAAGCCCAUUGGAAGUGUGAGUGUUUCUGGGCACAAGUUUGUGGGUUGUCCAAUGCCUUGUGGUGUGCAAAUCACAAGGAUGGAGCAUGUCAAUGCGCUCUCAAGCAAUGUUGAAUACCUUGCAUCAAGAGAUGCUACAAUCAUGGGAAGCCGGAAUGGUCAUGCUCCUAUUUUCCUUUGGUAUACUCUCAACAGAAAAGGUUACAAUGGAUUUGCAAAGGAAGUUCAGAAAUGCCUCCGAAAUGCUCACUACUUGAAGGAUCAGCUGCGUGCAGCUGGAAUUGGUGCUAUGCUAAAUGAACUAAGCAGUACAGUUGUGUUUGAGCGGCCCAGGGAUGAGGAUUUUGUUCGUAGGUGGCAACUUGCGUGUGAAGGGAAUAUAGCACAUGUGGUGGUGAUGCCUAGUGUGAGCAUCGAGAAGCUGGAUGUCUUUCUGAAUGAAUUAGUUAAAAACCGAUCUACUUGGUAUCAAGAAAAACAACCUCCUUGUAUUGCUGCAGAUAUAGGGAAAGAGAAUUGCGCUUGUCCUCUGCACAAGUGACAGAAUGAUUUUUUAUCAUGAUUUGGAAUUAUUCCUCUGUUUUCUUGUAGCAUGACACUUGAUUUUAGUGGUAUCUAGAUUUCAUUUACAA